UGUCGCAGAGAAUUCCCGGGUCAUAUAUGUUCAGGAUACUAGUACAUCGAUUCCGUGAGUGUUUCCUGCAAUGCCAAAGUACACCAUUGUAGACUCUGUCAGUAAGAAGCUAAAUGAACAAAAUAAAAUAAAUUUACGUGAUGGCUAUCAGACUAUUCCACGAGUCACAUGAUGUCUGCUGCCGGGUCUGCUGAUUGUAAGGGGUGUAUCACUCAUGUGAGCACUACUUAACAACAUGAACCGUUAAGAGUGCAUAGCAUUAUCAUUCGUCAUCAGGCCUACUGCAGGAAUUGAAUAUGUCUGGAAACGUGAGCGUUCGAAUUUUGAAUGAGGAGAACAAUACAGGAAAGCCAUGCAAGGUGUUUGUUUGCACGUCUGCUGUUCAACCGAACGUGCAGGGAUUCAUCGACGAGUUCAACCACAGAUUCGGAACUAUCCACGCCGAUGCCCACUACUUCCAGCUUCCCUACAGUGGCAUUGAUCGUUUCUCUGUCAAAGGAAAUGGGAUGGAUGUCAUGAUCCUCUGUCAUUCCAUCGACAAUAGGAGAUUUUCUAUCACUGACGUCAUGGAUGCCCUUUACACUAAAUUCUUGCCCAACGCUGCAAAGACAUUAGGCAAACAGAACGUGUGUGUGAUAGUGCACGACUUCCCUCCAAAGAAGAAGUUGGAAAAACCUGACCAGUACAUGGCAGAAAUGGAAUCAUUCAAGACAAAGCAAGGAACAACGUUCAAGAAUGCUGCCCUUGUUAUGAUGUGUGGUAAGCUAGACGGACCAGUUGAGAUGCAGGAAAGCAACUGGGAUGACCUGAAGCAGUUUCUCCAGAACGCCGUCAAGAAGAGGCAGAUUCCUAAAGGCUGUGGAGGUACAACAUCCAUGAAAGUGAACAAACUUUCGAUCCUUGUAUCAGUUCUUUCAUUAAUUAUUUUCUUCAUGUCUCUAGCAGGUGUCAUUUAUUGCAUUGUGGAAGUUAAAAAUUCGUUGCCUGCAGCCACCACUACCAAGCUCCCGCCAUCGACUACCCGGCAUCCUCAAACUACUUUACCUUCAACAACAGAUACACCAGCCACUUCACAAGGAACUUCUCAUCCGGCCCCGACAACUGUCACAUCAUCCGACCUGACAACUGAUUCAACAACUAUAAACGGAACAAAUGAGAUAACGUCUCCUACAACUAUCACCGACACCCCGUCAUAUUCCCAAAUCAUCAAUCAAACACUGAGUGGACUUACUUAGAGCCUUUCCUCCCCUCAAAACCUUUUCAACCAUCCCACAUCUGAUACCAAAUUAUAUAGGUACAUGUAUACUAUAAUUUGCCUGAAGAACCGACGUAAAUAUUUCCCUUCUACCGUAUCUGCAUUGGUAACUCCGAAGUUACUGAAAAGUCUAAUUCAAUUUACCCUUGUUCGAUGUGUCUUCAAUAGGUAUAUUUACAUUAGUUGACAAAUCAAAUACAAUGAUUCUAAUUAUACCCAUUCCAGGUAAUCACUCCAUGAGCCAUCAGCAAUGUACCUGAAUACUUGCAUACAUCUCAAAUAAGAACCUUACUUUUAUUUACUUAGGUUUGGUCCACAUUUAGCGUUUACGAUUCCAGAUAUGUUUUGAUAGUCUUUUGUACGUGGUAUAAGCUUCGUUAAGAUUUGACAGAAAUCCAGGGCUCAGUGUUUGUAAGUCAAACGCCUUUUGAAUAUAUAU